AUGGAGAGAAUGCUUUAUGAAGCUGCAAUGGAAGGGAGUGUGGCUUCCUUGCAGCAGCUGCUUCAACAAGAUAGAUUGAUUCUCGAUAGAGUUAUUGUAGAUUGCAUCACAGAAACUCCUCUACAUGUAGCAGCAAUGCUUGGGCACACAGAUUUUGUGAAAGAGAUAUUAUGCCUAAAGCCUGAACUUGCCAGAGAGCUGGAUUCUCGAGGAUUUUCGCCUCUUCACUUGGCUUCUGCAAAAGGGUAUACUGAAGUAGUCAAAGCUUUUCUACUGGUUGACCCUGAUAUGUGUUUUGCUUGUGACAGAUAUGGGAGAAACCCUCUUCAUCUUGCUGCCAUGAAAGGCCGCUUUGAUGUGCUGAAAGAGUUGGUUAGAGCCAGGCCCCAUGCAGCUCGGGCCAGGGCGGAAAGGGGUGAGACCAUAUUGCAUCUAUGCGUGAAACAAAAUCAGCUGGAGGCUCUGAAGUUUUUGGUGGAGACAAUGGAUGAUCACAAUGACUUAGUCAAUACUAGGGAUAACAAUGGCUUCACCAUCCUGCACUUAGCGGUUGCUGAUAAACAGAUCGAGACUGUAAACUAUUUGCUCAGCAAUACUAGAGUCGAAGUAAAUGCUCUAAACACAAGUGGGCUCACAGCACUGGACAUUUUAGUACAUGGUCUCAGAGAUGUGGGUGACUUGGACAUUGGAGAGGCCUUUCGAGGCACUGGAGCCAUGAGAGCAAUGAACACUCAUUUGCCCAAUCAUCAUCCCCAAGUUCUGCAGCUAACCUCAGAAGGUGAUCGCAGUAUGAAAAGCAAAGGUAAAGAGCACUGGCUGACAAGGAAGCGGGAUGCAUUAAUGGUGGUGGCCUCGCUCAUUGCUACAAUGGCGUUUCAAGCUGCAGUGAACCCUCCUGGAGGUGCGUGGCAAGACAACUCAACGCAGAAUUCCCAGGAUACACAAGCUGGAAAAUCGCAUGCAGCAGGGAAAGCUAUCAUGGCGGACAGCAACGAGGAAUACUACCGUCUCUACCUCAGUUACAACACAACGGGUUUCAUAUCAUCAUUGAGCAUAAUCCUGAUGCUUAUCACCGGACUACCUUUCACACACCGCCUUUUCAUGUGGAUGCUGACUGUGGUUGUGUGGGUGGCCAUCACAUCCAUGGCCCUCACUUACAGAACUGCAAUGACCUUUCUCACACCAGACAGUGCAGAGGCAGCAGUGACUAAUAUAAUAGUAGUCGGAGUUGCAGUGUGGUGUGGUGUGAUGGCUCUUGUUCUAGUGGGGCACACGAUUCGCUUAUUGGUAGCUUCAAUUAGAAAGUUGGGAAAACUUUGUUGGAGAGAAAGAAGACUGCAGUCAAGUUUAGUGUAUGCAAACCACACCAACAUAUCAUUUUGA